AUGAAGGAUUCAGGACAGGCUAUUCCACUUGUAGUAGAAAGCUGCAUUCGUUACAUCAAUUUGUACGGCCUUCAGCAGCAGGGCAUUUUCAGAGUCCCUGGCUCCCAAGUGGAAGUCAACGACAUCAAGAAUUCAUUUGAGAGAGGUGAAGAUCCCCUUGCUGACGAUCAAAAUGAACGUGACAUUAAUUCAGUGGCUGGAGUCUUGAAGCUGUAUUUCCGAGGACUGGAAAACCCCCUCUUUCCUAAGGAAAGGUUUCAAGAUUUGAUAUCUACUAUAAAAAUCGAGAACCCCACUGAGAGAGUGCACCAGAUCCAGCAAAUCAUCGUCACUCUGCCUCGGGCUGUCAUUGUCGUCAUGAGAUAUCUUUUUGCUUUCCUUAAUCACUUAUCGCAGUACAGUGAUGAGAACAUGAUGGAUCCCUACAACCUGGCCAUCUGCUUUGGGCCCACUCUGAUGCACAUUCCAGAUGGGCAGGAUCCGGUGUCCUGCCAAGCCCAUGUCAACGAGGUCAUCAAAACCAUCAUCAUUAACCACGAGGGCAUCUUCCCCAGCCACAGAGAGCUGGAAGGACCUGUCUACGAGAAGUGCAUGACUGGAGGGGAGGAGUACUGUGACAGCCCACACAGCGAGCCAGGCACAAUCGAUGAGGUUGACCAUGACAACGGCACGGAGCCACACACCAGUGAUGAUGAAGUGGAGCAGAUUGAAGCCAUAGCAAAGUUUGACUACAUUGGACGAUCUCCACGAGAGCUCUCGUUUAAGAAAGGGGCCUCGCUGCUCCUGUACCAUCGGGCAUCAGAAGACUGGUGGGAAGGGAGACAUAAUGGUGUGGAUGGCCUCAUACCCCACCAGUACAUUGUGGUGCAAGACAUGGAUGAUGCGUUCUCCGACAGCCUGAGUCAGAAGGCGGACAGUGAGGCGAGCAGUGGACCGCUGCUGGACGAUAAAGCCUCCUCCAAGAACGACAUCCAGUCCCCGACAGACCAUAUUGUGGACUAUGGCUUUGGGGGUGUAAUGGGCCGAGUGAGAUUGAGGUCUGACGGUGCAGCUAUCCCUCGCCGUCGAAGCGGGGGGGACACCCACAGCCCGCCCCGAGGGAUGGGUCCUGGCAUAGACACUCCUCCUCGAGCAGCGGCCUGCCCUAGCAGCCCCCACAAAAUACCUCUUAACAGGGGCAGGAUUGAGAGUCCCGAAAAGCGCAGAAUGGCGACAUUCGGCAGUGCAGGCAGCAUCAAUUUCCCAGACAGGAAGGCCUUGUCUGAUGGCCACCCGCUGAGAUCGACCUGUGGAUCGACUAGACACAGUAGUCUUGGAGAUCAGAAAUCUCUAGAAGCAGAAGCGCUUGCUGAGGACAUCGAGAAGACCAUGAGCACGGCACUGAACGAGCUGCGGGAGCUGGAGAGGCAGAAUACAGCCAAGCAGGCCCCCGAUGUGGUCCUGGACACGCUGGAGCCCAUGAAGAACCCCCCA